CGUAUCCUGACCCCCACCAGGGAGAUAAAGGUUCUCCAUCGUCUGAGGGGGUUGGUGGAUCGACGUCACAUCACCAAGGGGGAGUCAGGAGGGCAUUGAUAAUCGUGUCUGGUUCGCUCCCAUAGUAUUGAUACGUAUGGCUGAGGUCAGACUAGUGUCUUCGCCGAAAGUCAGAACUCCUCCCCAGAAUGCAGGUAACUGGUCUAUGCCUUUUCACUACUGCCGCUUGCCCCUCGACCAGCGGCGGAUCAUUGGUAUAUAAUAUACCAAGAAACCUUACAUGUCAUGGCAUCAUGGUUGUUAAAACUGCCGAGACUCGAACUCCACCUCAUGAUUGUGUCUUGAUAAUAAGACAUACGCUCGGAUCCUCGUGUUUGCGCUACGCCUGUAUCACUGUGACGACAUCCACCAACUUGGCUAUCUAGUCUCCACGCGAGAGCAAAUCUACCGAGACUUCUCCAUUUUUCUCCCCGGAUUCACAAAUCAACCAUGGGUUCCAUUGAUGAGAUUCCCGGGGUUGUGAAUGCGCUCCAGCCAUCAAUUGCCGAGAGGCUUGACCCGGUAUACUUGGAUAUCUACAAUCGCUAUCAAGCUCCACGUAUGAGAUGUGAUCAGGUGCCGUAUGAGGUCUAUAAGGAAAAUAAGGAGGCAUACAGCUUCCCGACUGCCAAAGUCACGGGACCUCGGCCCGAGGUAGCCAGCAACACCAUCUAUCGCGUUCCCGUCUCACACCCGGAAGGCGAGGUUGACGUCCAGGUUUACGUGCCUACCGCCGAGGCAAUAAGCAAUGGGGGCCUUGCAAGCUCCGAAGGACGCCUGUCCGCCCUCGUUAAUUUCCAUGGUGGAGGCUUCGUGAUCGGCGACUUGAAUUCCGACGAGCCACUCGUGCGUCAGCUCUGCCAGGGCGCCGGCUGCGUCGUCGUCAAUGCCGACUACAGAACCGCGCCCGAGUUCCCGCAUCCGACGUCGGUGCUGGACAGCUGGGACGUGCUGAAAUGGGUUUUCGCAAAAGCCGAUGAGCUUAACGUCGACACCUCCAGAAUCGCGGUGAGCGGGCUCUCAGCAGGCGGGUGUAUCGCGGCGGUGCUGUCGAUCCUGGCGCGGGACGAUCCCACUCUUCCACCAUUGAAGCUACAGAUUCUCAUCGUGCCGCUCGCCGACGUGCGGUAUGUCCCGGUAGAAGGAUCAUGCAAGGGGGGUCCUUAUGAGAGCUACGUCAGCAACGAGUUUGCGCCAAUGUUGCCGCUAUCACGGCUCGUCUGGUUCUACAACUACUGGCUCGGAACGGGGCCAGAGAGGUCCGAAAAGGCAGAGGAUUUCCGCGCAUCGCCGCUCCUUGCUAAGUCUCACGAGAACCUAGCCCCUGCUUCAAUCCGGGCUGCGGAAGUCGACCCCCUAGUCUCCGAGGCGAAGGCGUACCAUGAGAAACUGCGGGCUGCGGGUACGCAGAGCAAAAUUAAGAUAUAUAAGGGGCAGGGGCACACGUUCCCGCAAUGGGAUGGGUUCAAUCCGGGAUCGAAGGAAUUCGUGCAAGAUUGUAUCAACGAUCUGAAGGAAGCAUUCAAGUUGUAGAGCAAUGAAUCUCCUAACUUCUCCCAAGAUGUUGAAGAUCAUUUCCCCUGACUACGAUAUCAGUGAGAAAGUUGAAGUUCUCCAUUAUAUGAAGCGGUUGAAGCCUCUCUACCGUAGAUCCGCCAUGGCUAGAGCAACAUUUGUUUGCAGAGUCU